AUGCGGUUCUUCAUCAUCGGAGGAAGUGGUCGCACCGGAAAGCUCGUCAUCGAAGAUAUUCUUAAAAGAGGACAUCAAGUUACAGCGUUGGUCCGAAAUCCUACCUCCCUGGAUCAACGAACAGGUCUAGAUGUUGUGAAAGGCACACCCCUUGAAACAUCUGAUAUCCGAGAUGCCUUCAAAGUUGAUGUCCCAGACAUGGUGAUUGUCACCCUCAGCGCACUUCGAGAGAAGGAUAGCCCCUUCGCAGCACCGAUAUCCCCUCCACGUAUGAUGGCAGACAGCAACGCCAACGUGGCUCAGGUCAUGAAAGAAUUCGGCGUGCAGAAGAUUGUCGUUCUUCAAGCUUACGGUGUAGGCGCAUCAUGGGAUAAGAUGCCAUGUGCGAUGCGUCUGCUUAUGAGCAAGUCUAACAUGGCAUACUCAUAUGACGACCAUAAUCUCGCCGAGAAGGAGAUACGGGAUAGUGGUUUGACUUUUGUAUUGGUGAGACCUUCGCGUCUGGUUGAAACCGACGUUACUGAGGUGAAGGAAUGGCCAAGGGAUGGGGAGGGAGUUGGUUUGAUGGGCAGUUGCAGCCGUAUCGGUGUUGCCCUCUUCCUGGUUGAUGCGGCGUUGCAGACGAAAUGGGAUAACGCCGCACCUGUCAUUACCAACUGA